AUGCUGCCCACGCCCGACACGUCGCACGUGCCGUACGAGCGCGUCUACGAGCCGGCCGAGGACUCGUUCCUGCUGCUCGACACGCUCUCGUCGGCGGCGGAGCGGCAGUUUCUGCGCCAGGCGCUGGGCACGGCGCCCGGCGGCAGCACGGCCGCGGCGCCGCUCGUCGUCGAGGUCGGCACCGGGUCCGGCGUCGUCGUCGGCUUUGUCCACGCCCACGCCCGCGACAUCCUGGGCACGCCGGCCGUCCUCACCGCGGGCGUCGACGUCAACGCCUUUGCCUGUCGCGCCACCGUCGCCACCGUCGCCAGGGCGCAGCAGGACGCUGACGGCCCCGAGCAGCAUGCCGCCUACCUGGGCGCUUGCAUGGCCGACCUGACGGCCCCCUGGCGGGACCACUGCGUUGACGUGCUCAUCUUCAACCCGCCCUACGUCCCGACCCCGGACCUGCCCUCCCGCCCGGCCGGCUUCUCACACGACGUCUUCGGCCCCCCCGGCCCGCGGCAGCAGCAGGCGCUGCCGUCCUUUGACGACGACUCGUACCUGCUCGCCCUCUCCUACGCUGGCGGCGCCGACGGCAUGGAGACGACGGACCGCCUCAUCGCCUCCCUGCCGCGCAUCCUCUCCCCGCGCGGCUGCGCCUACAUCCUCCUGUGCACCCAGAACAGGCCCGACGACGUCAAGCGCCGCAUACUCGCCUGGGGCCCCGAGUGGAGGGCCCUGACCGUCGGCUCCAGCGGCAAGACGGCCGGCUGGGAGAAGCUGCAGGUUGUGCGCAUAUGGCGUGAGGCCGCGAGCUGA